AUGUCCUUCGAAGUCCCUUACGACUCGAGUCCGCCGUCCACCCCGGAUAAGACCAAGACUCAGAGCUUCUUCAGCCACGUCUCGACAACCCCGGCCGGCCUACCGCCAUCAGACGCCUCGUUCACCCCCCAAGGCAAUCCGACCUCUACCAUCUUCAACACUUCCCAACUCGAGUCGCAUUCCAAGCAGCAUGAUUUCGCGACCUCUACAAACUCGCUCUUCACGAAAUCCGGCGGUUUCAAGAAGGGUGACAGCAUUUUCGGCUCGUCCUUCGGCUCCGACUUUGGCAUGCCCAAAACAAAGGCCCCGUCAUUUGGAACAAAGCAGACUCGUUUCAGCGCUGCGACGAAUGGAGGCGGAUUCGGUCGGCCCGGCGGCCUUGCCCAGGCAAACAACUUUGGCAUGUCGAAUGGCUUCGCGUCAUCGCAGAUGAGCGAGUACAACGAAGAGUACACCAGAGACUUCGAAGAGGAAAUGGAACCCGAGGAAGAGCAGGUCGAAGAGGAAUACGAGGAAUAUGACGAGGAGGAUGCGGAAGGUGAUAUGGAUUUGAGCAUUCAACAGCCAUCAGCCCGUCUCAGCUUCCUCGACUCCAACUACGGCAACCCACUGCCACCGCAAUCAACCGGCCUCAACUUGAACGAACCGCGCAAACCCAUCUACACAAAUCCCACCGAUGCAAAGCGCCCCAAGCUCGACGAACGAUGGGCGACCCGGUCGCCUCUACGCAAAGGAAAGCUGUCCCCGAAGAAGGCCUCGGCCAUGCCAUCCAUCCUGCACAAUCUUUCCACUCGAUCUCGCAGCGCCGCGGUCGACGAACCCGCCGAUAUGAUCAUCAACACAGAGGACUCGCUGGGCCGGUUGUACGAUGAGCUCCGCGAGGCCGAGUACCGACACAUUGACUUGGACCAGACUCUGGCCUACGUCGCGAACCGAUUGAUAAACACCUGGGAUACAUGCGCCGACCGUAGCGGUAUUAAGCGUCCCUACGGCGUCGGGUCUAGCAUUGGCCCCGGUGAGCAAGCACCAACUCUGGUCAAGGCCAGCUUUCUCGCUUCUCUUCUUCUUCAGAUCCACCAUCCUUCCCGCGCUUCAAUGCCGAUUGCCUCUGCAUCCAAUCCGUCUGCUCAUGGCGGUAACAGCAUGGUCAAGGCGCUUCAGCGUGCCAGCGUUGCUACGCCAGUUCCUCAGAUCCUCCUCGACUGGCUCAAUGGUAACCACGCUUCCCAAAACAAGGACCUCCAAGCCCUGCGCUACGUCGAGCCCAAUCCGGCUGCAUCCUCCAAUUUCUGGGAUAUCAUCAAUGCGGCUAUUCUUCGUGGACGAUUUGCUGAAGCAGCUCAAAUCCUGCGAUCCGCCGAUUUCAACUAUGCGCGAUCGGCACUGGAAGAUGGUCUGCCUCAGCCCGGUUAUCGUGGUGUCCAACUCCAGAACAUCCAACGCUGUGUGAACAAGGCUCUUCAAAUUCUCGACUCCUGCCCCGGAUUCUCAGACGACGACUGGGACAUCACCGGCUCGGACUGGACUCACUACCGCAAGCGCGUUCUGUCGGCCGUGGAAGAUUUGGAGGAAUUCGCCGAAGGCGAGGAGCGAGAAGAAGCGGCCGUGCCGCAGAGUAACGGAUUCCAGGCCGUCAACUUUGGCAUGGCGAACUUCGGGCAGAACCCUGUCAGCUUCGCGCAGUCAGCGCGUAUGGCAGAGAGCCGUGUGCCGUGGACUAUCUACCAGAGCCUAAAAUCUCUGUACAGGAUCAUUCUCGGCGAUACCACUACCAUCAAGAAUUACUCACAAGACUGGGUGGAGGCUACAAUCGGUCUCACUGUUUGGUGGGAUGGCGAGGAUGACGUUGCCGGAGGAAUCGAUUGUGGCGCCAGCGCCAACAGCAUGGACUUUUCGCGCUCGCGCGGCUCUCGGUCGCAGUUACGAGCCGUUGAUCGCAAUAUGCGAGAUGCCUACCUUGCGCGUCUAGACUUGGCCUUCGGCAGCGCUACCAGUGAGCCGUCAGACGAUGCCGGAUUCCGCGUCAACACGAUGAACGGCCUGGAAGUCGGCCUGGCUUCUGUCUUUGAGGGAAAUGUCAACGGUGUUAUUGAGCUGUUGCAGUCCUGGUCGCAGUGCGUUGCCGCGGCUGUCACCGAAGUUGCUAGUCUCGGAGGCUGGUUAGAAGUUGGCUCUAAGAACAUGCCUGGUCUCAGUGAUAAUGACCUAAUGGUGCUCUCAUACGGACAGAAUGGUCCCCCGUCGCGUGGACUCAACAGAGAUGACAUUCUCAAGAGCUAUGCUUUCAGCCUGUUUGACCGCGGCUCUAUCGAGAAUGAGAGCGGUACCCGCGAGGGCUGGGAGAUGGCACUGGAAGUGCUGAGCCGAGUACAAGACGCGAGUGCGAUGAAAAAGGCCGUCUCGGAGAUUGUCGACAAGUUGCCGUUAGAGAAUACCUCCCAGUUGGACAAGUUGGUGGUACUGUGCUCUGAUCUAGGAUUAGAAGAUCAAGGCCGCAAGGUCUCGGAGCGAUUCGGUGACAUGACAACGGAGAAAACCGACAAAUUCGGCCUGGCACUCGUCUGCUACGCCCGCGCUCAAAACAGACGAAAGGUCAAAUCCGUCGUCGACCUGCUGAUCUCAUACUCUCUCGUCCAAUCGCGCGCCUACCCAGCCACAGCUGAUCUAGACCAGGAGCUGCGCUCCAUGAUCAAAGACCCCAAGGCGUGCCUGUCGUCCAUUGCCUCGGUCGACGAAGAAGCCGCCCGCAUUCUCCAAUUUUACAUCAGCGGUUACGCCACACUGCGCCGCUUCUACGAGAUCCGCGACGAAGCCUGCUCCCUCGCCGAUGGCCAGCGCCCCCGCUUCAAACCCCUCGCCAGACGCCGUGCGGCGGCCAAGGCCUUGACUGCCGUCAUCAGCAGUGCCGCUGAUAACAUUUACGGCGGAUUGUACGACCCGAGUCGGGAUUCUGCUGUACAGGUUGAUGGGCUGCUUGCACUGUUGGGCGAGGCGCUGGUUUUUGUUAACCAACAAUCACCCACCCUAACCGUCCAAGAACAAUUCACAAUCCUCUCCGCAAUCGAAGAUCUCGAAACAAUCACCCCGCGCGUCUUCGCACAGUGCGAAGAAUGUUUCCGCUCAACUCUCCUCUCGGCCGCUGCCUCUAGCAACGGUCACCCCUCCCCACGCGCCAUUCUCAAGAAAUCCGUCUCCUCCCUCUCAGCCUCGACAUUCUCCCUCCUCGGAUCCUCGGAUCUUCUCCCUUCUACUUCUACCGCUACGUCCUCGGGCGUGCUGGUCUCGCCGCCUGGUUCUGAGACCGAGCGCGGGUGGGAUUGGAGGGUUGGGUUGGCUGGGGAUACGAGUGGACGGGAUGUGCUUGCAUUGUUGAGGGUUGGUCUUGCGCGCGGCUUGAGUUUUGGGGCUUUGGGUCGUGUUUAG